UCCUUACUCGCUCGUUGCCUGUCUGUCGCAUUUCCUCAAUAGCCAGCCGAGGGUCUCUCAGGGUCGAAGGUUCUGCCCUGCUUGCCACGACCUCCACCUGAAUUCUCUGCGUUACCUAUGGGACCGCGUUUUUGAAAACAGAUCGGUUUAACCCGGAGCAGUUAUUGGCCGAAGGAAAGGAACUCGCUACCCGUUUGGCAAGAAAAUCGUUGGGGAAAAAAUAACGAGGAAGGCACAAAGCGAUUAUCCAGAGGGCCGGUGGGUCUUGAGUUGGUGAGCUGAGCGGGGCCAUUCUGAAUGAUGUCUGCUUCCUAGGAUGGUCCUGGAUCCUGGUAAACUAACUGCCCAUGUCCCUAGCAGUGGAGCCAUGGCUCACAGAACCCCCCCCUCUCAGGGCAAGGUGACCAUCACUGUGGACGAGUACAGCUCCAACCCCACACAGGCCUUUACCCACUACAACAUCAACGAGAGCCGCUUCCAACCACCCCAUGUCCACAUGGUGGAGCCCAUUCCCUAUGACAGCCCCAAGCCCUCCGGUCAUACACGUUUCGUCUGCGUGUCGGACACACACUCCAGGACCGAUGGGAUCCAGAUGCCAUAUGGGGACAUCCUGCUCCAUACUGGAGACUUCACUGAACUGGGCCUACCCUCUGAGGUCAAGAAGUUCAACGAUUGGCUAGGGAGUCUACCGUAUGAAUUCAAGGUGGUGAUCGCAGGGAACCAUGAACUGACGUUUGACAAGGACUUCAUGGCUGAGCUGGUCAAGCAGGAUUAUUAUCGCUUUCCCUCCGUCUCUAAGCUGAGACCAGAGGACUUUGACGAUGUUCAGGCCCUCCUCUCAAACUGUACUUACCUGCAGGACUCUGAGGUUACAGUCAAGGGUUUCCGAAUAUUCGGGGCACCGUGGACGCCAUGGUUUAAUGGCUGGGGUUUUAACCUUCCUCGCGGUCAGUCACUACUGGAAAAGUGGAAUCAGGUUCCAGAGGGUAUAGACGUUCUCAUGACCCAUGGACCUCCCCUCGGUUUCCGUGACUGGGUCCCCAAGGAGCUUCAGAGAGUGGGCUGUGUGGAGCUGCUGAACACGGUACAGCAGAGGGUCCGACCCAAGCUCCACGCCUUCGGUGGCAUCCACGAGGGGUACGGCAUUAUGACGGAUGGAUGCACAACUUUUAUCAACUCCUCCACCUGUACAGCCAGUUUCCAGCCCACCAACCCUCCCAUCAUAUUCGACCUGCCCAACCCAUAGAGCAUCGUAAAUGAACCAGCAUUUUUUUUAAUCAGAUGAGUUGUACUAAAUGUUCAUCUUCAAGAUAUUUGGCUUUUGUAAAAAUGCUUGUAAAAAUGCAUGAAAAUCUGAUUCUAGUAAUGAAAUGAUGAACUUCGUAAAAUAUUUCAUAUUUUCCAAUUGUUUGCAUUUGCUGCAAUAAUGGGUUUUCUGUGCCAUUUGUCAUUCUUUGUUUUCUCUCUCGAGACGUACAGUUGAAGUUGGAAGUUUACAUACACUUAGAUUGGAGUCAUUAAAACUCGUUUUUCAACCACUCCACAAAUUUCUUCUAUAGUUUUGGCAAGUUGGUGAGGACAUCUACUUUGUUCAUGA